GGAGGCUGUCAAGGCCGAAUUACGGCAUGAGAUGCGCCAAAGCGCUGUCAGGAGAGUCCAGCCACCUGGGGGCGUUCGAGAUCGCGUGAAGGCAUGGCAAAAGGCGAAUGCAGCAGUUAAAGUCGCACCCACACCAGACGACGCAGCCACCGAGCCGACUGACGUGGCCUUUGACGGGGAAGAAGGUUUCGAAGAUGUCACCGAGGAAGACAGGAUACGGAUCAAGAUGCGCAAAAAGAAGAAGAAGCCGCCCGUCGUGGAAUACAAGGUCCCGGAUGAGACACCCGCCAGCUCAGAGGGUACGCCUGCUCCAAAGAAGAGGGUGGUUAGCGACGAACACUGGAAAAAAGUCAGAGAGCGGAAAUCACCACCGAGGAAAAGGUCGCCGGUACGGAAAAUAUCCCCACGAAGGCUAUCGCCCAAGAGGUCACCCGCGGGUGCGCAAAUACCCAAGAAUUUCACCCUACAAACCGCCGCUGGCGCAAAUGUGUCCAACCGGGUGAAGGCAUGGGCAGACAAGGUCGAAGUGCCAGAUACGCCUCCGCCCCGCAGCCACCGUUCGGGCAAGUCGGGGGCCAGGAGUAUCAUCUCAGACGUUGAUUUCAGCGACAUUCGUAGUGAGGAUGCCACUUCAGCUAAGAGCCAUGGUACAGUGCGUCUGUCGCUUCGCCACAAGCGCAAUGGGUCUGUGCCGGCGGACGGAAUCAGGGUCAAGCCUGUGCGGGCGAAGAAGCAGGACGACGAUGGGAUCCGCAUUACCCCAAUGAACUCGGCCGUGGACAGCGACUCCGAGAUCAAGGUGGAGAGCGAGUUAUCCACGGAGCUCACCGAGUCUACUGGCUUGUCCCGAUCAAGAAGCAAGACGCUUCCGUCAUCGCCGCGACCACCAAUGUCUGCACUCGAUCGCAUAGAGGUGAUCGAAGAGCCGUCCGAGCUUUCGCAAAGUACGGGCCAGGACUUUAUCGAGGUGAUUGAAGACAUGGAAUCUGCCUUGAGCGUCCCAGCCAAGGCCCGAGGCAAGGGCCAGGCCAGACAGCGCUCUCAGAACCACAGUUCGAAGACUCAAAAGCAAGAGAUGGAUGACGAAUCAGCGUUGUCGCCUUCUCAGCUUCUGGGCUCUGAUCUUUCACACAAGUCACUGGCUGACAUCCCCGGAGAGAUUCCCUGGGGCCAUUCAGCAUUCAGCGAGCUGGAUCUACCACUGAAUGGACCAGCACGGAGCAGACCCAAGCAACCAAAGGCGCCAGAGCGCACGGCUAGCCUCAACGUCUUCAAAAAGGUUAUGCAAGAGGGCAAGAAGAUCAUAUCCGAAAUGAACGAGCCGCCUCGUCCGACGGCAGCGAACAGGCCGCCAAACAUAGAAAAUUGGCUUCAUGAUACCGUGGACCCAUUCGUCGAAGACAAGGAGAACAAGACAAGCGCAGUCGAAGAACCAGUCAAGGAACCAAAGACCAAAGACCGAACUCCAGAACCGAUGCCACAACCAGUCCCUGACCAGUCCUCAAGCCAACCGACCCCUGAAGCUAAACGGAAGCCCCGGACAGAUCGCAAGUCCUCUCACGACACAGGCACUAGUGGCCAUUCUCGUACCAAAUCAGAGUCCAUGCGUAGCGAAGAUACGUCGUUGCCUUCAACUAGCCUGAACGACGUGACCCCGAAAUCCAAAACGUCAUCUGAUGGUCUCAAGCGACGGAGUGCCAUCCGCAAUUCGUCAACACCCACCAAGCAGGCAAAGCGUCCGCUGUUGGGCAUGCUAAAGGAUGCCUUCUCCGGAGAGUCUGUGCAGAGGAUACCCUCGUUCAACUACCAAGGCCAGGAGGAGCGGCGCUUUGAGGACGAUGAGUAUGACGACGACGGCAUGACCGAGGACCGCACAAUGUCUGGGUACGAAACCAGGUCAAGCUACCUGUACGACGAGACGCCCACCACCUCUGAAUUGAGUCAGGAAUCAACAGAGCAAGCGCCUAGAAUGGCCGGGCCCAGGCUCAGGCCUCCAACGAAUGGCAACUACGAGCUAUCCACCAUCAUGUCGGAAGAGAGCUCCAGCGCCAUGGAGUCAGAUAUGACUUCAGACGUGUCACCAUCCACCCUGACUCAGUCCACUGUUCUUACAAAGGAUAGCAACCUUUCACGGGACAGAAGCAAGAACGUGGCUACGCCUGGCCUCAAAAGGAGGUUGACCAAGCACUCUGACUUGGUGUCGGUGCUGUCCCUACCUGACGACAGGAGCAUCCCAGAUUCCAUCAAGAGGUCAAGGCCAAGCUUGCGCAAGGUACGAGGACACAGUGAUCAGGUCACUCCAAAUGAGUUGUUGCGAGAGUUCAGCGACGAUGAGGGGCUCUACAUGCGAGAGCUCAAAACACUGGUUGAUGGCGUUGUUCCCGUACUGCUCUCACAAGUUGUCAAUGAUGUCAAGACAGCUGAUAUUUUUGAUCAAUCCACGCAAAAGCUUGACGGGCUGUCUGCUGCUGUCGUGGGCAUGGGCAUUGCAUUGGAGAAGCUACGCAAUGCCCACAAGAAAGCGCCGCACCACGACCUCCGCCGAAUGGCGCACUGGGCACACGGCGUAGUUCCCAUCUACAAUAACUAUCUCAAAUCAUGGCGCCUAGGCUUCCAGGAUCUCAUCGUCAACCUUGCGCCUGCUGCCGGCGUGCCAGAGGACGAGGACUCGCUACUCAACGCCAUGCCGAGGAACGAGCACGGUGAUGUCCUCAACGAAGAUGGCGAGCGGGUGGAUGUUGCCCACUUGCUGAAGAGGCCCUUGAUCAGGAUCAAGCACAUGGUCAAGCUGAUCAAGUGUGUUGACUCCAUCAUGCCUUCAGAAGACACCCAUGAGCUGCUCAAGAACUUUGAAGAGCUGCAGAGCAAGUCGCGGCGCAGGUACCGGGAGGAGACUGCCCGGCUGACAGAUGAGGAAGCAGCGCGAACAGACACGACGCGCGCUCGGGAUCUGAGGACUUUGGGCGCCCUGGACUACAUAGAAAUUGACCAAAGUCUCCAGGUCAACGCCAAGGAUGUCUUCUCGCUGGAUCUCGCCCACUCCAAUGGGCAGCGCCUGGAAUGCCAGGUCGAGCUGGUACAUCGCGACAACCAGCAAUCAGCAGGUGACAAGGGAGACUUGCUUAUUCGCGAGACCGGCGACCAUGGGCGUGCCUAUCUCCUCUUCCCGCCUGUUCUCAUGGGCAACCUGUCUGCGCGUACAGGCGAGGGCAACAACGAUAUGGUUCUGAUGGUUCGAGGCAUGCACCACGGAAAACCCUGGCAUGAGCUCCUCACCCUCACUUCCGACAGCGAAGACCAAAUUCUGGACUGGCUUGACAUUCUACCACUAUCGCCAGUGCCCCCCAGGGAACCAGAGCCAAGCGUCGUUGGCGAGGAUGAGGAGGAAGAACGGAAGGCCGUCGACAUCCCCUUUGGCGCUCGAAGCAUCCGCAGAAAGGGGGGGAGAUACGGUGAUGCGGGACCAACGACGCCCACGAGGUCACCCUCGUCAAGGCAGCAGCGCAGGCGAUCCGGUGUUACCACAACACCCCCGAGGAUUGACGAAGAAGAGAAUGAGGAAACAACGCCUACGCAGAACGACUACCGCCAUCGCCCAAGAAGCCGCGGCCAUGAUCGCAGCCGGCCCCUCCACGAAGGCAUGCGACCUGAUCCCCUCACGCUACGUAAGCAUGAAGACGCUCCACCAAUGGUGCCCAUUCAUCGCACGCUUAGUCCAUUGCCCUUGGGUGAGUCAGAUGGCAAGAAGGCUUCCAUCAAGCCCCCCGCCGAGCUCAAGAAGCAGGGCGAUGGUCAAAUCAAGCGUCGCGGGUCUUCGCCUCUCAAACACGAGUACCUCCCAUCCGACGAAGCUUCACGGUCUGGCGUCUCCCGGUCAUCGCAUUCCGAGGACGACUAUACAGAGUACUCUGAUGGCAGUGUAUCCGAGCUGGAUUCGGACGAGGACGAAGACGAGCUGGAGCGGAUCGAUGUACCACAAACUGAGCUUGGCGUCAGCAUUCAAGAAGCAGCGCCCAUCGAGUCCGAUCUGAGCCUCACGCCAUCCAACUCGGCUUCGCAGGCUGGAUUGCAUCGGGUGAGAGACGAAAUCCCUGCAGAGCCAAGAGCCGAGGCGCCCGUCGACCAAGUCCAGCGCUUCAUGGCGUCUAUCAGUCAGUGGAGCGACAGUGGUGUAUGGCGAGACGUGACCACCGCGCCCUGUGCCAUCGUCGUCCGAGGCGGCAUGAUUGAGGCUUACCCGUUCCAAGCCGUCGGCCCAGGCGAGAAUCCAGAGAAUGCGCGACCCAUGCUUGCGCUGGACCUCACCCCUCUGGUUCUCAUUCGACACAGCACGGUGAUCGAUGUGGAAAUCCGCUCGGCAAUGCUUGAUCACUGCACAAUGUGGAAGAACGAGUCGAGCGGCGGCAACUUCAGGUUCCGAUGCCACAGUGGGCCGGACUGCUUCAGCUUCUACAUGGCCGUCCACCACGCCCGACUCCGGAACCAGAAGUUCAUCCAGCUCGAGACCGAGAACAGGUUCCGUAGUUUCGGUCAGAACCAGGCGCCGGCCACCAAUGACGGGGACGCCAGCUCGCGACGCCGCAGCCUAUUCGGUAGGAAGAAUAGCUACCGCAGCUCGAUCCGCGCGCCGCCCCAGUCGUUCGAUGGUGCUAGCACGACACCAUCGUCCAACGCAUCCGCCAAGAGCUUCCUGAAGAGACUGUCAGCGGCAGGCAACCUGACCUUCAACCUGGGGAGGUCCUCGGUCGACAAGCAGAGCCGACCCGGGAGCGUGCGCAACAGCCUGUACUCGUCGUCGUCGGCGAGCAACACGCCGCCCCGGUCCCCGUCCAUCAGCGUCGAGAACAGCGGGCACAACAUCCCCGGCAACUUCAAUGCGGAAAACAUACGGAUCCGACUCCACUUGCUGGCCAGCGCGACAAAGUGGGAGGACUACGGCAACUGCAGUCUCCAGAUCCGUCGGCCCCCGCCCGGUUGGCACCAGGCCCUCCGUGCCAACCACGGUCUGGAGAAGCGGGUGACGGUGACGACGCUGCCCCGCAAGGAGUCUGACGCGCCCAAGAUCAUGCUGGACGCGGUCUUGGGCAGCGGGUGCUUCACGCAAAUGGGCAGCCGCGGCAUCGUGUGCGGUGUGUGGGAGGAGGUCCGGGACCAGGAUGGACUGGUGGGCGGCGUGCCCGCCACGGGGGCGACGGGUGGUAAUAUCAAGAAGUGGUGCUUCCAGUGCGCGAGCGCGCCCGAGGCGGCCUGGGUGCUGAGACUGGUGCACCAGGAGGUGAUUAGGGUGUGAGUGAGCCCAUGGAUCUCUCGGGUGUUUUCUUUUUCUUUAUUUUUUUGUCUUUUUGGCAUGCAGUUUCCUUUGUCACGAUGAUAUCCCCCUGCUUUUCGGAUGCAUAUGGUUGCAAUGGGUCGUAUAUAUGGGUGGGAGAGGCUGCUUAUUAUAGACGGAACGGCGCACGGAUAGGGACGAGGGAGAUUUGGAAUUUCAGCCAAGCGAUGAGUGUUUACGUUUUGAACGACAUUUAUAUAUAUAUAUAU